AUGGGUUCCCCAGAUUAUUCACCCCUCCCUCGAGAAUCCACGGAUUCGGAUCGAUACAUUGCCCCAAGUUCAGAUGGAUAUCGAACAUCUGAGGAAUAUUCUCCUCGUACCUCCAAGAGUCGUUCUGUCACCAUCAACUAUGUCCUUAUUCUCCGAAUCAUGAACCUCGCAUUCGGAUCAGCCGCUUUCGCACUAUUCGUUACCCAUGGUUAUGAAAAGUAUAUUGGUGCCGAUGUCUUUCUCAUGCUCAGUUUGAUCUUUAAUACCGUUCGAAUCCUACAUACAUUUGUUUCAUCAGUCUUUCAUGUCACUGUUGAAAUUAGUCGUGGUUCAUGGCAGAGUAAAUUAUCUGUUAGACCAAAUGGAGCUAAAGCUACAAAUGUUGUGGAUUUCUUGUUGGCUAGUGGUUUAGCAUCUUCAACGAUUGGUGGGAUGGCGACCAGUUAUGAAAAUUAUCUAGUGGUUGAUGGGAUUGUAAUCGCCUUUUUCGCCAUGGCCAUACAAUACAUCAUAGCAUUACCGGUUCAAAACCAAACUUUUAUGCUCAAAUUUCACUUCCACAGAGAAAACGAUGAGAAUCGAGAGGAAUUCCCAGGACAAAAUGAUGCUCAUCGAAUUAUUCUCAGAGACGACGGAAACAGACAAACCCCUGAGAAUUUGGUAUAAUUUCGACUCAUUGACAUGAAGAUCUCGAAUAUCUAUCUACUGGUCCACUGGAAAGCUUAUAUUGGUUAUGACAGACAGCUCUGCUGUUAUAUCUGUGGUUAUUGGGGAAGUAUUGAUUCAUAAUGAAUCGAAUUGACAAUUUGUUCUGCACUUCUACCUCGUCGUUCCUUGCGUAUUGAAGUAGAGGAGGGAAUUUACAUACUAUCAUUUAUUUGGCCUCCACUCACAUAUAUCUAUCUAUCUGACAUUCAUUCAUUCAUCUAUUCAGUCGUUCAUUCAUCCGUCUAUCCAAUUAUUUGUUCAUCCAUCUACAUAACAGUACAGGUCUUGAAGUGCCAUUCAUUCUAACCUGCGCCGUAGGUUAGGGGAACUCUCACCCCAUUUUGUUAUUUGUGCAGAGAUUAAGUUAUCGGAUUACCAGAGACCUCUUAGUUACCUUAUCUUCAUCCACUCUGUUGAUAAUACUUUCCCCCGUUGUCUUCAAUUGCUUGCUUCCAUAAUCGAAUACUUCUCAUCAUUCAUCAUUUUCUUUUCACAUUUUCCUUUCUCACCAUCUUGCACACUGUCUGUUUCAAUUAAAAUAAAAACCAAUCCACUCUACCACUCUACCACUAUUCAUACAUGAAUUUUUUUGUAUCGUAGAACUUAAAAGAUUUUCUUUAUAACGUUCACACCAGAUAG